AUAUUCCGGGAAUUAUCACACAAGCAUUUUACAGUACACACAAUGGCAGACACGUGACGCAGCAGUAAAGGACAAGAAGACACACAGGCUAAUCUGAGAGGAGAGAGAGCGGGUUCCUGUUCCGCUUCCGGGUACAUUCACGCGGCAUUAGCCAGAGGACUACAUCUCCCUACAUCCUUUGCGUAUUAGCAGCGAUCACGCUGACGUCACCGGCAUCUCUUGGUCGCUGCUUCUACAUGUGCCGGGAGCGCAGCUCCGGGUCGUCGUUGUCAUGGAAACUGGAGCAGCCCUUUUACCUGCCCCAGCGGCGAUCAGGGGCCCCGUAAUAGGAGACAUCGGAAACUGGGCAGAUAGGACCCCGAUUCAUGAUGCUUCAAGACAAGGCCAAGCACAACAGCUUAAGCAACUGAUUGAUAGUGGAGUUUGUGUGAAUCUGGUUACGGUGGAUUCCAUUACACCACUACAUGAAGCAUGUCUUCAAGGUCACAUUCAGUGUGUGCAGCUGCUGCUUGCUGCAGGAGCACAGGUGGAUGCCAGAAAUGUUGAUAGUAGUACUCCUCUCUGUGAUGCCUCCGCUGCUGGCAGUGUAGAAUGUAUCAAGCUGCUCUUGGACUAUGGUGCUAAAGUGAACCCUCCACUUUUUACUGCAUCCCCGCUUCAUGAAGCAUGCAUGAGUGGAAAGCCUGAGUGUGUGAAGCUUUUAAUUGAUGUUGGGGCAAAUCUAGAAGCACAUGAUUGUCAUUUUGGAACUCCUUUGCAUGUGGCUUGUGCUAGGGAACACUUAGACUGUGCCAAAGUUUUACUCCUGGCUGGAGCUAAUGUGAAUGCAGCAAAGCUUCAUGAAACAGCUCUGCACCAUGCUGCCAAGGUGAAAAACAAGGACCUCAUUGAGAUGCUAGUGGAAUUUGGAGGAAAUGUGUACGCUAGGGACAACCGUGGAAAAAGACCCUCAGAUUACAAUUGGCAGAACAGUCCUACUGCUAAAUGCUUUGAAUACUAUGAAAAGACUCCCAGGACAUUAUCUCAGCUCUGCAGGAUCAAGCUCAGAAAGACACUUGGUCAAGGAGCAGUGGAAAAAGUUUACAAAUUAAAUAUUCCGCAAAGACUUAAAAACUAUCUUGCAUAUAUCUAAACCCAAAUUCACAUCACCUUAAACUGUUAUGGUACAAAAAUUGAAAAUGUCUAUGCUUGAGGGGUAUUCUGUCGACAUUUGCAUACAGGGGCUUAUUCUGAGUUGGGGCAAAGCAAAAAGAAGUAACUUUGUAUCUGGGCAGACUCUAUUGCAAUGCAAGGGGUGUAAAUACAUUUCUCUAUCGUCCUAGUGGAUGCUGGGGUUCCUGAAAGGACCA